AUGAACCAUCACCAACCUUUCCGUUUGAACUAUACCUUGCCAAAGGCGCUCUCGCUUUCACUUCUAUACGGUCGGUAUUGCCAGCACGUCUACCACAGGCUUCACGAUCCCCGCCACCAAAUCCCUAUCUUCGCCGACAUUCCCAUUGCGAUCAAAAGCGAAUUACACCAACUGACAUCGGUAAUCUACCAGGCAACCCGUUCAGAGUUCACGGUUCACCUCGAAGUAAGGCGCAUCGAGCCUACAUUCCUUCCCCUCUCCGCGUAUCAAACCAGGAAUACCCGUGGUCCAGGGCUUGUGCGGUUUCCUCGAGGAUCUGACCAUCACAAAAUCGCAGUGGGUCCAUGCUUUUACGUCGACAGCGAAGGCCACCCUGUCGCAUAUCAUCUUCCCUCUGCUAUCCAACAGCACCGCCUGGAUUUGCUUAAUAUUUACGUGGAACAAUCUGCCAACCGGGAUAAGGAGAGCCUGAACCCGAACAGCCCCUUUGUCCGCGUCGACGAGACCUGCGCGUCACCCCAGGCUACUGGCUACACGCACGAGAAACUGGGUAAUGGCUACACUCGUCUAGCUCUAGCCCAGCUCAUAGACGAGCAAAGGGGCCUGUUCUCUCCGUCUCCCCCCCUCCUGGAAUCGAGGUACCGUGGAAUGCGGCUCCUGGACAAUAUAUCCGAAACCAUGGCCAUCAUUGGCGCAGCAAUGUCCAUUAUUCAUCCCCCCUCCUUCUUUGCCGGAUUCCAAAUUCUCGAGAAUUUGUCCAAGCAACCCAAGGCCGUAUUGCCGCAGUACAUCUUCAACGACGCCCUCUCCCUUUGGACGAUGCCUCAGUCAUUACUGCGCAUUUACACCAAUUACGAUUCCGGUGUCCGCCGCGAAGACGUCACACCACCUCUCGCCUUCGACACCAUCCUCUCAGCUGGCACGUCACAGGAAAACCGCUUCGUAUGCCCCAACAUCGGCCACGAAUUCUAUUUCCACCCGGGCGCCGGCUACGACCCUCAUAUCGUCGCUAUCGCGUCGUUCGACGAGGCUGUAGUCAGACAUGCCACCCCCGAAGACACCACUGUCUUCAACCGUAAGUGGAGUCCAGCCGACUACAUGACUCUUUCCCGGGAACUUCGACUCCAUCUCGAUCAUCUAGACCGUAAUUCAUGA